AUGUCUGUGACGCCCGAGAUCAUCACGUUUGCAUCACGUGAUACAAUCCGGCUUCGGGCUUUUGAAGUCGGAGUUAAUUGGGUGACUCAAGUAGCGCGGGCGAUGGCUGCCGAUCCCGCCAAGGGAAAUCCUGUCGGUCCCGAACGGAGUUGCCGCCUCGGACCCGCUCAGGUAGAACGUCAGAUAAAUGAGGAGAUCUACGAGGUGAAACAAGUAUUGUACGUGUAA